GGUAAGUUUACGGUUGGUUGAUUUGAUAUUUUAACUUCACCAUCUUGAACUGCUUCCAUAAUUCCGUUACGGUGUUGAUAUGAACUCAUAAAUGUCAUAAAAAACGAGAAAGAUGACUUUUCAUGCGCGUGUUUAUACAGUAUAUGUGUUCUGGAUGGUUUAUGUUUCCUUUCCAAGCUGCGAAUGCAUAAUCGGUGGAUCCGAUGUGGAGUCAGUACAACAACACUCGUUUCUGGUGGCUCUGGUAAAGCGGAAAUCCGAACUGCAUUGCGGCGGUACGGUGAUCAGUCCCUGGUUUGUCUUAACGGCUGCACAUUGUUUCUGUGAGGAAGACGAAUUCAUCGACACGUGUCCAACUACCGUAGUUACCGCCGAGCAUGCACGGAUUUGGUCUGAAAAAGCAUUCUCCCAUCUCCAGCCGGUCUUGAACGUAUAUGUCCAUCCCGAAUUCAGUUGCAAAAAUUUCGCUUAUGCAAUACCCAACGAUGAUGUUGCACUGUUAGAGCUCUACACUCCACUUCCAGUGAAACCCAUUAGCCUGCGCUCCAUACCUUGGGAGGAACGGGCCAGUCAGCGCGUGGAGUUGGUCGGAUGGGGUGCAACGGUUCCCGGUGGCAAAAGUAUGAGCACUAUUCUGCGUACAGUAGAGACGGAAGUGGUGCCGCCGAACGAGUGCCGCGAUGCAGUUCAUGCGUACCAGAACUUAACGUCCAGUCCAGGGAGGGACGGCGAGGUCGCCGGCGACGAUGACCACAAAACAUUUGCCGACACACUGAAGUAUUACGAGGAAAGACAACUUUGCACCAAAGGCUUUGUGAACAACCAUCCCGCUGAUUCCGCGAAAGGUGACAGUGGCGGCCCGGUCAUAUUGAGAGUUCCUGGACAAGAACCAGUUUUGAUAGGAGUUAUUUCCAGUAGUUUCAAUGGAACGUCCGGCGAUAGGAAUAGUCCCGGAAUUAACGUGAAUAUCACGUAUUACAAGGAAUGGAUUGCUGGGAUCAUACAAGCGAGUGGUGGCUUGGACAUUUUCGGUAUGAGGAAUGAGACUUUAGUGGACACUGCGCCAGUGCAACAUUUCGUCUUCUAUGCCAUUGACUGGAUGAAAGUGCUGGAGAGCGUCUAUGCACCAAUCUCCGUCUUGUUCCUAUUGGCCAUUUUGGCAGUGCCGAGCAAGCAACAAGACAUCCAUUUUCUGUCAAAACAGUGGUGGUCGAAAUGGCUCAGUGUAUCAGCGGGUGGCGUUACAAAAAGCACUUUGUAUUAUGCGACUGCUUGGAUAGUACUAAAGCUAUCGGCAAUUUACGCUUUGUGCAUUAAAAUUAAUCCGUCGUUUUGGGAGGAAUCUGGACGAUUGGCCAAUUUGUUCGUAUGCUUUAUCACUGAAAUUCUCGUACUGGCCGCCAAAUAUGCAUCUGUAAAAUUGCUGGAGAAAGACAAGCAGAUUUUUCACAAUAAUCCAAAUUCAGGAAGUCGUACGUGGAACGUGACUUCAGCCAACCAUACCAUCGAGGAGAUCGAUAUAACGAGCCAUCGUGACAAGGUCAUCGUGUAUGUCGACCGCCUGAGGGAAUUUGCAGCAAUGUUUAACGACAGAAGCUGUCAACAUGUCGUCAUGCUAAAAGAUGAAUUUCUUUUCAAAACGGCAGUGCUAGGACAGUCCAUCUUACGGUUUUCAACCAACAAAUGGAACGAAUCUAUGCAAUUUGUGCCGAUGGGAACAAAGCAUGCAUUGACGGACGCGGGAAUAGCGAACCAACCGGGAAAAAGCGUUGUCAUUCGUUACGGUAGCCAGAUACUGGACGGACUAGCGUACUUGCAUACCAAAGGAAUCGUUCACGGCGCACUGGAUCUGACAACAGUGUUCGUUAAUGAUGCUCACGAGAUCAAAAUUUUUGGGUACUUAGACAGUGUCCAGCGCAAUAUACUCGGAGUAACCUACAAAAUGGAUCCAGUUCUGUGGCAAGCCUUUAUGUCACCGGAAAGCCUUCUCGAUUUUAAACAGCCCGAUGCCGCUGACCGGCAAGCCGUCCCCUGCAAAACCGAUAUGUGGAGCUUCGGGUGUAUCAUGGUUUAUCUGUUGACAGACACAUUCCGAUACAGUUUCGACAGAAAACACAGCCGCCGAAACUUUCGGAUCAAGUUCAUAAAAAACGGCAAAGAUUGUGUCGUUUGUAGCCCUGGAGGUGUUCCCGAGAUUGUCAUGGCAAAAGGUCAUCUGGAUUAUGACGCUAUUGACAGUCCACGCCUGCGCGAAAUCCUAGAUAAAUGCUUCUCUUUUGAUCCAGCUUAUCGGAAUGAUGCUUCGACUGUCAGACAGUCUCCUUAUUUCAGAGUUUCUGCGUUGUCUGGUCACACAUAAUAUUUGUUUGCCUAGAUUAAGUACAAUAAUUAGCGUACAGGGCCUACAGAAAGUUGUUGCUGUUUUCUUCUGCAAAGCGGGUCUGCCCGCACGCUUCCUAA